AUGGCCAUGCAUACGCCCAUUCCCACGAGAACGGCAGCGAAAAGCGAGAAGGUUUGUACGACGACCAAGCCAGACAUCUACAUGACUGUGAACAGCAGGCAGCGGCAGCGAAAUCUUCUCGUUCUGGACUUGCUACAAGGCUCCUUCACGGAUGAUACAAAGGAGCGACAGUUCCUUGAUCUGGGCUGCGGCACAGGAGACUUCACCCGCGACCAUUUUCUUCCACGUUGCCCGAAAGUUGAAAGGCUCGUCGCUGUCGACGUGUCCGAGGAGAUGGUGGAGUAUGCCCGGAAGCACUUCGCCCACCCCAUGAUCUGCUACGAUGUCCUCGACAUUGCGGCAAAAGACGUGACCGAGUUUGUGAAGCGAUACGGUCAGUUCGAUCGUGUAUAUUCCUUCUAUUGCUUCAACUGGACGAGGGACCAAGAAGCGGGGUUUAGGAACAUCGCCGAGUUGCUCAAACCUGGUGGAGGAUGUCUGCUUGUCUUUGGUGCUUCCGGAAGCAUUAUGCGUCUCAAUCAGAAACUGGCAGCAAUGGAUCGUUGGCAAAAAUAUCGAAAGAUGUUCGACAAAACCAUUCCUUCAAGCGUAGAUCUGGUGGACCAAGAUGCCCUUCUGUCGUACCUUUCCGGUCUUUUGAAGAACGCCAGCCUGAUCCCAACCACGUGCGAGGUGCUGCAAGUGAAGCACACAUGCUCCAGUCUUGAGGAAGCGACAUGGAUGUUGAUGGGUAUGAACUGUAUCUCGACCCUUGUGACGGAAGAGGAGAAGCCUUUUCUCCUCGAAGACGUGGCUGAAAUUACGGCUAAAUGGUGGGCUGAGCGGGAUACCGGUGGCUCACUUUUUAACGCAUUUGAGUUUUUGGUGCGCGCCCAUAAACCUAGACUCUAA